AUGGUUGACAUGGAUGGAAUUAUACAAGAAUUUGUAGGAAUGGGUGCAAAUUACAGGAGAAGUCAAGGAGGAGGAGAAGUCAAGGAGGAGGAGAAGUCAAGGAGGAGGAGAAGUCAAGGAGGAGGAGAAGUCAAGGAGGAGGAGAAGUCAAGGAGGAGGAGAAGUCAAGGAGGAGGAGAAGUCAAGGAGGAGGAGAAGUCAAGGAGGAGGAGAAGUCAAGGAGGAGGAGAAGUCAAGGAGGAGGAGAAGUCAAGGAGGAGGAGAAGUCAAGGAGGAGGAGAAGUCAAGGAGGAGGAGAAGUCAAGGAGGAGGAGAAGUCAAGGAGGAGGAGAAGUCAAGGAGGAGGAGAAGUCAAGGAGGAGGAGAAGUCAAGGAGGAGGAGAAGUCAAGGAGGAGGAGAAGUCAAGGAGGAGGAGAAGUCAAGGAGGAGGAGAAGUCAAGGAGAAGGAGAAGUCAAGGAGAAGGAGAAGUCAAGGAGAAGGAGAAGUCAAGGAGAAGGAGAAGUCAAGGAGAAGGAGAAGUCAAGGAGAAGGAGAAGUCAAGGAGAAGGAGAAGUCAAGGAGAAGGAGAAGUCAAGGAGAAGGAGAAGUCAAGGAGAAGGAGAAGUCAAGGAGAAGGAGAAGUCAAGGAGAAGGAGAAGUCAAGGAGAAGGAGAAGUCAAGGAGAAGGAGAAGUCAAGGAGAAGGAGAAGUCAAGGAGAAGGAGAAGUCAAGGAGAAGGAGAAGUCAAGGAGAAGGAGAAGUCAAGGAGAAGGAGAAGUCAAGGAGAAGGAGAAGUCAAGGAGAAGGAGAAGUCAAGGAGAAGGAGAAGUCAAGGAGAAGGAGAAGUCAAGGAGAAGGAGAAGUCAAGGAGAAGGAGAAGUCAAGGAGAAGGAGAAGUCAAGGAGAAGGAGAAGUCAAGGAGAAGGAGAAGUCAAGGAGAAGGAGAAGUCAAGGAGAAGGAGAAGUCAAGGAGAAGGAGAAGUCAAGGAGAAGGAGAAGUCAAGGAGAAGGAGAAGUCAAGGAGAAGGAGAAGUCAAGGAGAAGGAGAAGUCAAGGAGAAGGAGAAGUCAAGGAGAAGGAGAAGUCAAGGAGAAGGAGAAGUCAAGGAGAAGGAGAAGUCAAGGAGAAGGAGAAGUCAAGGAGAAGGAGAAGUCAAGGAGAAGGAGAAGUCAAGGAGAAGGAGAAGUCAAGGAGAAGGAGAAGUCAAGGAGAAGGAGAAGUCAAGGAGAAGGAGAAGUCAAGGAGAAGGAGAAGUCAAGGAGAAGGAGAAGUCAAGGAGAAGGAGAAGUCAAGGAGAAGGAGAAGUCAAGGAGAAGGAGAAGUCAAGGAGAAGGAGAAGUCAAGGAGAAGGAGAAGUCAAGGAGAAGGAGAAGUCAAGGAGAAGGAGAAGUCAAAAGGAGAAGUCAAAAGGAGAAGUCAAAAGGAGAAGUCAAAAGGAGAAGUCAAAAGGAGAAGUCAAAAGGAGAAGUCAAAAGGAGAAGUCAAAAGGAGAAGUCAAAAGGAGAAUCAUGGGCGAAACUGUGCAUCAUUGCUAAAUGAAUUUUUGAAACCCAAGUACUACACAUCAUCUGUUGUUAAACCAAAUGCAUGCCUCAGUGGUGUAGUUGAAGGGGCAUCAGAUCUUACUAGUGAUUUCAAUUUGGACGAUGCAGUUAUUAUCCUUGCAGGAAUAAAUGACAUUCAUGACAGCCGUAUUCUAAUGGAAUAUCUGAGAACAAGUGGCACAUCUGAAUUAUAG